GUGACUGAUUAUGGGAGGGUUUAAAGAUGACUGGAAGCCAUCUUACACGCUCGCUUUACACCCCGAGAUAUAUGUUACAACUCUACACCUAAAAUUCGCAAACACACAGAAAGAGAUUCUCAGCCACAUUUGGUGGGAAACCUUUCAAAUCCUUGAUGUUGAAUAAUUGGAGAGAAAGGAAUGGACCGACGAAUUGAGAAGACCACUGGCUUCCUUGCUCCUGGUCUGUAAAACUUUUGCAGAGAAGGGAUUCACUCAUUCAUGGAAGGAUAACUGGAGCUAAUCUUCUGCUUAUAUCUGUGACCUGUUGCUUGAGUGACAUUGAGAUGUUCCACAAGAGACUUGCAUAUUGAGGAACAAGGAACUGGUUAUUUUUUUCCCCCCUUUUUAUUUUUUUGUGUAUUGGACACUGAGAAAGCUGUGGGAAGGACAACUUGUGUAUUGUUUUGCAAGCCAAUUAAGAAAGUAUUAUCUCCACUGUUGUUUUUCACUCGCUGAAAAUAUUGAAGUCAUGAGUACAGCCCGAAUGGAAAAUCCAGUGAUUCUGGGACUGUCGAAUCAAAAUGGCCAAAUGCGAGGCUCUGUGAAGCCGGCAGGUGGUCCUGGUGGAGGGGGGUCCCAAACAACACAGCCAGCCCAGGUCAAACCCUCCAGCACCGUCAACAACGGCAACUCCCAGCCUGCACCCACAGCCAACACCAUCAUCAAGCCUGGGGAUGACUGGAAGAAAAAUCUAAAGCUUCCUCCCAAGGAUUUGCGCAUGAGAACUUCAGAUGUGACGGCAACCAAGGGAAAUGAGUUUGAGGAUUAUUGCCUGAAGCGGGAGCUGCUUAUGGGCAUCUUUGAAAUGGGCUGGGAGAAACCGUCACCCAUACAGGAGGAGAGCAUUCCCAUUGCGUUGUCUGGCAGAGACAUUCUGGCCAGAGCCAAGAACGGCACAGGAAAAAGUGGCGCCUACCUCAUUCCCUUACUUGAACGCAUAGACCUGAAGAAAGACUGCAUACAAGCAUUGGGUAUUGUGCCCACUAGAGAACUGGCUCUACAGGUGAGCCAGAUAUGUAUCCAGGUCAGCAAACACAUGGGCGGGGUCAAGGUCAUGGCAACAACAGGCGGAACCAACCUCCGUGAUGACAUCAUGAGACUCGAUGAAACAGUGCAUGUUGUCAUCGCCACUCCAGGAAGAAUUUUAGACCUCAUCAAAAAGGGAGUGGCCAAAGUCAAUCAAGUACAGAUGAUCGUGUUGGAUGAGGCAGAUAAGCUCCUGUCACAGGACUUUGUACAGAUGAUGGAGGAGAUUUUGAGCUUUUUGCCCAAACAAAGGCAAAUUUUGCUGUAUUCUGCUACCUUCCCACUGAGUGUGCAGAAGUUCAUGAACACCCAUCUGCAGAAGCCCUAUGAGAUAAACCUGAUGGAUGAGCUGACCCUGAAGGGGGUUACUCAGUAUUACGCCUAUGUAACAGAAAGGCAGAAAGUCCAUUGCCUUAAUACUCUCUUCUCCAGGCUCCAGAUCAAUCAGUCUAUAAUCUUCUGCAAUUCAUCACAGCGAGUGGAGCUCCUGGCAAAGAAGAUCUCUCAGCUUGGAUACUCCUGUUUCUACAUUCACGCCAAGAUGAGACAGGAACACAGAAACCGUGUGUUCCAUGAUUUCAGAAAUGGCUUAUGUCGAAAUCUUGUCUGCACUGAUCUCUUCACAAGAGGAAUUGAUAUACAAGCUGUGAAUGUGGUGAUCAACUUUGAUUUUCCCAAACUUGGGGAGACGUACCUCCAUCGCAUUGGUAGAUCUGGCCGAUUUGGACACUUGGGCCUCGCCAUUAACUUGAUCACUUACGAUGAUCGCUUUAACCUGAAAGGUAUUGAAGAACAGCUGGGUACCGAAAUUAAACCCAUUCCCAGCAGCAUUGAUAAGAGUCUAUAUGUGGCCGAGUACCACAGUGAGAGCGGAGAGGAGGUUAAACUGUGAGCAGGAGAGAUCACCAAUCCUUUGUCCCCUAUCCCCACUUUUUUUUUUUUUUCAAUCUUCCCUGUGUCUAGGGAAUUGGGGAUUUUUUUUUUUUCUUUCCCCAUCUGUCUUUUCCCACACUUUUUUUUUUCUAUUCUUGUUUGGUGCCACUACAAAGCAGUGAUGUUGUGAUGGCCCAAUAAUCGGGAAGGCUCAUGGCCUACUAAAGGACUGCUGCACCAAUAUUUUCAUCCUGAAGACUUGAGGAGGGAAAGAGGGGACAUGAGGAUUUAUCGCCCACGGAAAAGAGACUACUCAUCGCUUGCAAGCACAUUCUCAACCCUCUCUGUUCCUCUGCUCAUCUUCAUGUUUCUAGUCAUUUGAAACAAGUGCCUUAACAAGCAGUCUAACUUGUUCAAAAAGUAAUAACCUGAUGAUUUUUCUUCACUCAUAACUCUUCAUUUGAAGACAUGGUCUUGUUUUUCUCUCUGGCUUUUGGUAUUGCUUGUCUGUCCCCUCCCGUUUAACAUAAGAGGAAUAAUUUUCCAUCUGCCACCUUGUUUUUUUGGGGCAAUGAAAAACAGGAUUUCGCAGUGGGAGAGAGGAUGGGGCAGCAUGUGUGAUUUGUGCAGUCUCUGGUGUACUUGACUAUGGUGUGAAGAGAAGCCCCCGGAGAACUGAGAUGAUAUCAGUGGGCAUGAUGACAAUAAUAGGGGCUAAUGUUCCUGUGGUAAUCUUUCUAAAGCCCCGCAAGGCUCUUAAUGGCUUUUUUUUUUUUUUCUUCAUCCACUCGUGGAACAUGCCAUGCCUCUAGAGACCCAUAACUCUUUCCCCCUCUGUCUUCAGCGGGUCAACAUUAAGAGACUUGGCCAGACUGAGACCAGCCUUUUUCCUUGGCCAUGAGGACUCCCACUUCAAGACGAAUGUGGACUUUUCUUUUCUCUUUCUUCCCCUUUCCUUGUGAUUUCAGUGCGGUAGGCAUUCUAUCCUAAAUGUGCCAUUUAUACAGAUCUGGCACAUUGUAAACAUUUUGUAAAUACUUCAUUUAUUAUUUUUUUAAUGGAUCAUUUUAAAACGAGCUGAAAAGGCUUAAUGACCAUUUGAAAAGAAUGUUAGAAAGCUCUUUUAAAAUCAGGAUUCUGUCAGCACUGGGCGGCACUAUUUUGGUUUUGCCCUUUUCUCCCCAGUGGGAAAUAAGUUUAGCAGAUGGUUAAAGUUUUUCCAGGUAGUGCACCACCCUUGUUUUGUCAAAAAAAAGGGCUUUUUUAAAUCCAAGAAUACUUUGUUCAGAAGGUUUGAGUGUUGGCUUCGAAGCAUUUCAGCAGAUGGUGCAGAUGUUCGGAUUUGCACUUGUUCACUCUAAAUUAUUAAAUAUGACCCGCUCCCCAGUGCUGACAAACGUUCCUGACAUGGGUUGCUCAAAUAAAAGGCCUCUUAAGGGUUGUGAAAAAACGAGGCUUAUUUGCUUUCCAGCCUUUUGCUUGUAACUGUGAGGCACUCAACAGGUUCCCCUAACCUGGGUGACUCUAAACAUAGAGGUAACUUAAUAUUUUCAUCUUUUAAUAGAUCUACUUGCUGCAGUGCAGCUCAAAUUGGCCAUGUGCAAAAACAUUGAAUUUAUAAGUGAGAUGUGUAGCUGUUACAUGGGCUGUGUUUCUCUGCCGCUGGCACUAGGACGUUACUUUAAGCAGACUGGGGUGGGAGGAUUGAAAGCUUGGAAAAAUGGACAAAAAACAACUGAAUGCCAAGUAUUCUAAAUGAUGGACUGACAAUGUAGCGGCAGAGACAUGCAGUGCAUCGUGAGUCGGGAGGCUUUUUUUUUUUUUGUUUUGUUUGUAAUGAGACCAUGUUCUUGAGAUGCUGCACAGAAUUAACAGAAGAAUCUAAACCUUUGCAGUGUGGGCUGCACUUAAGGUUGAACUUUAGUUCAAGGGUUGGGCAAUAAUUAUAUGUUCUGCACAUGUUCUGGGUGCACUUCCUCGGUUAGGGCAGAGGUGUAUAGACCGAAGGGGAGAUUUAUUUUUAUUUAUUAUUGUAUAAUAUAAUAUUUUAUUCUUUUUGAGGAAGUAUUGUGGUAGGGACAAGGGUAUUUAACAUGGGCUGGGUAUUUGAGGUAUCUGGGUACUUUUUUUUUUUUUUGGUGCUGAUAACCAAAUGACUUUUUCUUUUGCAGCAGAAUAUUUAUUGCACCUCCCCCAAACACUAAUAGCCUUUUUGAGUGUUUUUUUCUUCUUUCAUUUCUGAAGGUUGACAGGGGCUUGCUUGAGACACUUUAGCCCUUCUGCUGCUUUUUGAAUAAGUUUAGUGCUUUGGCCCGUGAUGUUUUGAGGGUUGCAACUUUAUGGGGUGGGUUGGAGGGAGGUUGGGGGGAUAGAUUUUUGUCUUUUUUGUGAUUUAUUGGCAUAGAAUUGGCUUAAUUUAAUGUUUGAGUUUAACAUCGAUGUCCCCAUUUAAAAAAAAGUCUAAUGCAGGUGAGUUUUAAUGCAUGGAUUGGCUUUGUCUACUGCGGCAUGUUACUGUUAGUUUUCCCUGAUGCAAUUAAAGUUUGUUCUAACUUUAUGGUUCGUUACCAAAUUGUAAGCAAAGGUUAUUUAUCCCAUAUUCUAAAACAUGCAUAUUUUCCCAGUGACAUUGCUUGAAUCCAAGCUUGUAUUCUCUUCUCUAUAACAUAUACCCUUCGGUGUGUACAUCACCGGUGUAAUCAGCUUUGAUUUAUUUUGAGGGUUGUUAAACAUCUGCCCAUAGAGAGGAGUAUAUGAGUUUCUGGGCUCUUUGGCAGCAGCCCAGUGUUUUUCAGUUACCACUUGCUGUGAAAAUCAUGGUGCGUUCCUGAGAUGCUGUAAAGCGGCAUGUGAUUGGAUGUGCUGUGGUCUUUGCCAUGUUGGUUGGGGUUUCUUUUUAUUCAUUUUUAUUUUUUGGUUUUGCUUUCUUUUUAUUUGGAAGAAUGUGGUGGAGAACAUCUCACCGGUUUAAAAGUUUUCUAAAGCAACAAAAUUGUAAUCUUUAAAAUCCACUCAUUCUUCAUUUAUUAACUUUUUUUUUUUUUUUGAUUUAUGUAU